AUGCCUCCCUACGAUAGCGACUCGUCUGACGACGGCGGCGACGACUAUUCGACGACCAAUGUCAUCCUUGGCUAUGCCGUGUCUGAUCCCUCCGGCGAUGAGAUCAGUCACGUUGGUGGCUAUCCCAGUUGGCUGGACCCAAACCACCCUCCCCCUGCCGCUCUUGCCAAAUGCAAAGUCUGUCACGGGUACAUGUCACUUCUCCUACAGCUGAAUGCAGACCUCCAACAGCACUUCCCCCAUGACGAACGACGACUCCACGUUUUCUGCUGCAGGAAGAAAAACUGCUCGAAGAAGAUCGGCAGCAUCAGAGCUUUUCGAGAAGUACGGAAACCCGAAGCACGGGACAAGAGAGAAAAGAAGAACUUGAUAGAAACAAAACCAGGUACACCAGUUCCGGACCUGGGGACGGCUCUUUUUGGAGGAACAGGCUCAUCCUCAGCCAUUGACGGUACAAAUCCUUUCUCGUUGUCCAACUCGGGUGCGCAGCCAACUGCAAAUCCCUUCUCCUCUAUAGGCUCUCCUUCGACGCUGGCAGCGAAGCCUCCGCAACGACCGGUCGAUGAGCCUGUGCCUCUUACCGAAACCUUUGCCGACAAACUCAAGAUCGGAUCCGAUCGAGACGUCAAUCCAAACAACGUCGAGGUGACGGAACACUGGCCGGAGCCAGCCUCGGUUCCCCCGCCCUUUACAUCAUUCUACCUAGAUGCAUAUCCCGAAGAAUUAGACAAAGAGCCGGUCGAGCUCACCAAAGCGGAAGCCUCGAAGACACAGUAUGACGUGGACGACAGUGGAGGCGCAGGCGUCUCGCAGAAGGACGACUUCGAAUCGGAGCUAGACAAGACAUUUCAGAAGUUUUCGGACAGAAUAGCGCAAAACCCGGACCAAGUUCUGCGAUACGAAUUCAAAGGCGAGCCACUGCUGUAUUCCGGAACGGACGGUGUUGCCUCUAGAUUUGUAGUGCCGCACGGCAAAUCAGGAGCGAUAAGAGGCAUACCUAGAUGUGAGAGGUGUGGCGCUCAAAGGGUUUUUGAACUACAGCUUGUCCCAGGGUUGAUUUACGAACUGGAAAAGGACGAAGCGAUGGACUUGGAGGACGGCAUGGAGUGGGGGACCGUCAUCCUCGGGACUUGUGCCAAUAACUGUGGCGAGCCUGGGACAGUAACUUUUCAAGAGGAAUGGGUCGGAGUGCAAUGGGAAGAAAGGGUGGCGAGGAAGUGA